ACACAGGCAGAGAGAGAGAGAACGAGGGAAAGAGAGAAAUGGUCAGGGAAUCACUGAUGGCAGUACAGCAGCAGAAAAGCUGGAUGGAGCAGUAGCUCGCCAGCGUCCACAUGGUGUCCCUCUUGUGUUGCGUUCUGUGCAAGAGUAGGCAUUCUGUGUUUUGGAAACGCAUGAGAGAGUUCUUAGUGGGUUGGGCUUGGUUUCACAUACCAGUGAUGAAGUGAAGUCAGAGGAAUUCUUUCUAGAGUUUUUCUUCUUCUUUUUCUUUCUCAUCUGACUUCCUCUCUUACCAUCUGGAGCGGAGAGGCACAUCCUACUCACACUGUCCUGUGCUUGGCAGGGAAGCCGGGCUGCAGUGCCCUGUGUAUCUGAGACGGCACUCUGGGCUUAGAGGCAACACGACACAGCUGCACCCAGCUCACUCAUCUCUGACCGCGACACCCAGACAUGUCUGCUCCACUCCGACAACUUCGUGUUGCACCUCUGGCUGCCUCUGACUGCGCUUCGCCCUGCUUUUAGUUCCUCUUCUUGGAAGAGUUUACGUUUUGGGAACUAACGCAGCGGACAACAAACAUAUCCUUUAGCAUGAGACCUGUGUGCAUGUAGACGGCGUUGUUGUACGUGACGGCUCAGGUGCUCUGUAAUGCUCCGGAAAAACUCCUCUGCACGACGGGAGAGGACCAUCUUGGAAUUUUGAACUACUUCUGGAUAAGUGUCAAAGACUGGUGCCGUGGGAGUACAUCCAGGAGACAGUCUCGAUAUGCUCACGAGAAGACGAGCGCUCCGGAUAACACUGGCACUGGCUCACUGUCAGAACCUUUGGGAUCUGUUAUGUCUGGAGGGCUCUGAAGAAGGAGCUGAUGUGAAGUCCUAACUUUUCCUACCCCUAAUUGUCUCGUGACGGCCGGGUGGGCGGUGGUAUUGGCGGGUCGGGGUGUCAGUGCUUAUGCCUGCUCGCCCCUCGCACUCUCCGUUGUACCUCAGACGAAACUUUUGAAUGGUUACCUCUGUUUUUGCACAUUGUGGAAGUUAGAGGGUGAACUCCGCUCUCCUGGUCACCAUGACAACAGCAGCAUGGUAUCACCGGGACAUAAGCCGGGUGCGGGCAGAGGAGCUGCUGGCCCACGCAGGGAGGAACGGGAGCUUCCUGGUGCGGGACAGUGAGUCUGUGCCAGGCGCCUACGCACUCUGUCUGCUGUUCCAACGGCAUGUUCACACAUACCGCAUCCUUCCUGACACAGAUGGGCUACUGGCUCUCCAGACUACACAAGGAGUGCAGGUGAACUGUUUCCGAACUAUUGGUGACUUAAUUUUACGAUACCAGCAGCCUCAUAAAGGCCUGGUGUCCCCUUUGCUAUACCCAGUGGGGCGAGAGAUGGAACCAGCUGAUGAAAGUUCUGAUGGAGAUGAUGAGAAGCCAGGGUCCGCUUUGAACCCUGUGCCAUCAGCUGCAGCUCCCCCUGCAGGCCAUUCACCCCCUGCAUCCCAAACUGCGGCUCAGUUCCUGCUUCGGAGGCUGCAGGAGAUCAAUACCCCCAGCAGUGUGGCAUCUGAGAUGGUGGCACUACUAGGUGAGUACCUGCAUGGUGAUGUGACUCUGGACCUGGAGAACCUGAGGACAGGAGGAUCGGGACUGCACUUCCUCCAGCGCAUCCUAGCCACGGCCUGCCAUAGACUGCACAGUGAGAUCGAUCAGACGAUGUUCAGUUUAGAGACAUUGGCUAAGGUGUUUGACCAUCCAAGUUGCCCCUUGACCGCUUCUAAGAUCCAGAAUAUGGGAAGGAGUCCCGAAGAUAACCUGGAUACUCUACUCCACAAGAUAACAGCCUUGAGUAACCUGCUGUCUUCUCUGGAGAACAGGGUUCUGAAGGCCCUCCAGGACGCUGUGGCCAAUCACAACCUGUCUGCGCAGCCAUCGCCCGUAGCCAAUCACAACCUGUCUGCGCAGCCGUCGCCCAUGGCCAAUCACAACCUGUCUGCGCAGCCGUCGCCCGUGGCCAAUCACAACCUGUCUGCGCAGCCAUCGCGCGGGGCCAAUCACAACCUGUCUGCGCAGCUGUUGCCUGCGGCCGAGCUCUCUUCGCCUGUGAGGCCCCGUGCCAAGGCCGUCCCCGUGCACAGCUUCCAGGUGAAGGUGUUUAGGUAUGGCAGGCAGACAGUAUCAGUGGAUGUGAACGCCGGCGUGCUCCUAUUUGACCGGAAGACGGGUCCGUUCAGCAUCGAGACCAUCACGCAUGACCGGAUCCUGCAGCUGGUGAAGUUCUCCGGCAGCCCGACCAAACUGAGGAUGGUGGUGGACAGUCAUCAAAACCAGCCACAUGAAGUGCUCUUCGAGAGCGUGAAGAAGAGAGAGGCCUUCUGCCAGCUUCUGCAGCUGAUGAAGACCAUCCACGCCCAGCAAGGCGAGCCCGACCUCGUCUCUGUGUUUGUGGGCACGUGGAACAUGGGAGGCUCCCCACCACCUCGAUCUCUGCAGUCCUGGGUCACGUGCUCUGGCCUGGGCCUGACCCCUGACGAGUCCACUGCUUCCCUGCCUCACGACAUCUACGCGUUCGGCACUCAGGACAACCCACAAGGAGAGAAGGAGUGGACAGAGAAUAUCAGGGGCACCCUCCGCACCUCCACCCAGCUCGACUUCAAACAGGUGGCACUGCAGUCGCUGUGGAACAUUAGGCUGGCUGUGUUCGUGAAACCAGAGCAUGAGCGACGCAUUAGUCAAAUACACACAGCCAGUUUGAAGAGGGGCUUGGGGAAUACACUCGGAAACAAAGGGGCCGUGGGGAUCUCCUUCCUGUUUAACAGCACCGCCAUGGGAUUCGUGAACUGCCACCUGACCUCUGGCAGUGAGAAAGCUCUCCGGAGGAACCAGAACUUCCAAGAUAUUCUCAGACUGCUGUCACUAGGAGAUCGGCAGAUCGGUGCCUUUGACCUCAGCAUGCGCUUCACACAUCUAUUUUGGUGCGGUGACCUCAACUACCGGCUGGAUCUUGAUGUGCAGGACAUUCUGAAGCACGUGUCAAAGCGCGAGUUCAACGAGCUGAUGUGUGCGGACCAGCUGACCCGAGAGCGCCAUAAGAGAAAGGCCUUCUUCACCUUCAACGAGGGGAAGAUUACAUUUCCGCCCACCUACCGCUACGAGCGCGGUUCCAGGGACUCCUACCUAUGGCAGAAAUACAAGUCCAGUGGGGUGCGAGUGAAUGGGCCUUCAUGGUGUGACCGAGUUCUGUGGAAAUCAUAUCCAGAGACGUAUAUCACCUGCACUUCCUAUGGUUGCACUGACGACAUCUUCACCAGUGAUCACUCACCUGUUUUCGCUACGUUUCAUGUUGGGGUGACGGCACAGCUCCCUAGAGCAGAUUCAAGUGUAGCUUCAGACCGGGCCUGGAUCGAACUGGAGACAGUAGAGGCCAUAGUAAAGACUGCCAGCAAGGCCCGGUUCUUCAUUGAGUUCCACUCCCGCUGUCUAGAAGAACCACGGCGCUCCACUGAGAAUGACUGGCAGAGCUGUGAAGUGCCAGGUUUCCUCAAACUGGGCUGGGGUGCUAAACAGUUUCCCAAGCUUCAUCCCCUUGUCUCAGAUAUGGAGUAUCUUCUCGACCAACACUUGCUGCUCUCCGUGAAGUCAUGCGAUGGCUUUGAAUCCUACGGUGAAUGCUGUGUAGCUCUGCGCUCUUUAAUAACCAGCCACUCGGACUCAUUCGAGACGUGCCUCACUCACAGGGGUGAAGGGAUGGGCUCCAUCCGGGGCUGCGUCAAGGUUCACAUUCCGCCGACCAGGCGGCGGACACGGGAGAGGACCUACGAGUUCUGCAUUGAAAAGGAUGAUCAGGGGUCAGUCACGGGACCUUGGUCUCCCCCUCCCACACAUGUGCCCCGCAGCCAGGUGCUAUCAGUCUCCUGCACUGCUGCUCCUAGCAGCUACACUAACCCAGCCUACUUCAUCUUUGAGGGUGUUCCCAUACUGCGAAAGGUAGAGGAGGACCCGUUGCCCGUGGAGCCCAGCGUGGUGUGGGCCAAAGACUCUGUAAUACAGCUCCCCAAAGUCACAGGAGGGAACAGCCAUGACCGUAGAGCUGUCCACAGGUCUGAUUUCACCGAAAUUGAGAUCCCUGGGUCCCUGCCACCGUAUGUAGCACCUUGUGAGUCUUCGGCUCCUCAAAUCACUUCUUCUUACCAGUUGUUCCCUGGACCAGACCUACCAAACCCUUCUGGAAACCACAAAAACAGCAGUUCCAAUGUUUCAUUUCAGUCACAAAUUCAAAGGGAUAGCGUUGCUCGAGAGUCUGAAUUACCUGACACAAAACUGGGAAAGCUAUGCAUGGACCACUCUGUCUUUGGACGGGAUGUACAAAGGCCACAUAAAGAGACAGUGAAGAAGGACCAUCCCAGAGCGCACCACGAGCGACUCCUGCCUCGACACAAUGGGCCGAAGCGCCACCCAUGUCUCCCCACGAGGGUUUCCCUCCACCAGGCAUCCGUUCCCUGGGUGGUUGAGCAGCCACCUGCAGCUUUGGGAGAUCACUCGCUCACCGCUCUGCAGAUAGCAAAAUCGCUGAGCGAGGUGGACUUCCCGCCAACCAGCAAGAAGCAUUCGCCAAGCCACAGGCCUCUCCAGCCAAAGGGGUACGAUUAUGCUUUACGCUCCGCGGCCAGCUACUGCUGGGAGAAAGAGUGUGUGCAGGUGUCUGUUCUGCACGGUGCACCAGAAACAGUGCGAGAGCUCUUAAAGUCUCUAGGGCUACAGUGCUACGCUCAGGCUCUUAGUCUCAAUGGCUGGGAUGACCUGGAUUACUUCAGUGGUAUCACUGAUGAAGAUCUGCAGUCUUCUGGAGUGAUGAACCCAUCUCAUCGUAGGAGAAUCCUGGAGAAUUUGCCCAAGAUCUGGGACUGAACAUACAGACUAACAGCUCUUUUACACAGAAAAAAAAAGUCUUACAUCCUUGGAAAACCCAUGUUAAUAAUAGUGUUUUCUGCACACACCAAAUUUGCUUUACAUGUGUGAGGAUCGGGUAUGCGUUUUGUUAAAUGCUGCAUGUGUUUUGUAACAUGUUGGUCUACUAACAGCUAGAACAGCUUCUCAGAAACACAAAAUCCUCACUUUGUACACCAGGGGUGCCCAACUUUCAUGCUGGAAGCUUUCCGCCCUGCACCUGGCUCUAACAUUCAGGUGAUUAACGGGAUCAGAUGUGUUAGAUUAGGGUCAGAAUUCUUUAGGGCAGUAGAGCUCCAGGAGUGAUACUUGACACCCCAGGUGUACAAUACUAAGAAGCAAUCAUCUCAAAAUUGAUUUUGGGAGGGGUGGGGUGGGGUGGGGGGUGAUAAUCUGCUGAUAUGUGAGAACAAAAUGCUUUAAAUGCAUAUGUUUGUGGUUAAUUCAAUUGUGUCACAAAAGCAUGUGCACAUUUUGCACAGAAACAUUUUUGCUCCUCUUUGGUUUUACGGCGUUUACUGUCACACAAGGCCCCCCGGGUUUCCGCCAUCUGAAGUUCCAGUGUUCUUCAUUACCUUUUAUUCCAUGAGUCAGCUGUUCGCAGAGAGAAUCUGCUGCCCCUUUCUCAAGACGGACACUGUGUUUGCAUUUAUUUAUUUGUCAGUAAUUGAGCCAGUGAACUGAUUUAGACACCACAACUCAGCCACUGACAGCCUUAAAAGCAGAGUUUGUUAAAGUAAGUGUUAUUAAAGUUUAUUCAGUUCUUCCAGAUAUUGUAUGUAUCCUACAAAUAUAGUAUUACAAUGUAUGUAAAAAUGCAUCUUGUUGUAUCGCAGUGCACAAGUUUUCCAGUGUGUAGAGGGGGAUUGUGAUAUGAGAUGCACUAUGGGAGAUUUUAUUCUAAAUUGUAAAGUGUCAUCUUGUUUGCUUUGUCGUCAUAUAAAACUAUAAAACUC